AUGUCGAAUCCAACCCCCGCAUCGCGCCCCGGCGCGCCCUGGAGGCUGGCCUCGGUGGCCGUCAUGGGCUCCGUCGGCGCCGCAUCCCGCGCCUUUCUCUACGGCCUCAACAAGGUCGAGGUCACCGGCCUGGACAACCUGCUGGGCGUGCUCGACCGCCGCAGGAGCGGGAAGCGAGACCGCGGCCUGCUGACUGUGUGCAACCACGUCUCCGUGCUCGACGAUCCCCUGAUCUGGGGCAUCCUGCCGCUGCGCUACGCCGUCGACCCCGAGAACCUGCGGUGGGGGCUCGGCGCCCACGACAUCUGCUUCAAGAAUCGCUUCUUCUCCGCCUUCUUCAGCUACGGCCAGGUGCUGCCGACGCACCGACUCUGGCACUCGCCAAACGGCGGCUUGUACCAGCCCACCAUUACCCAGGCCAUCAAGCUUCUCUCCAGCCCGUCGUCCGUCGUCAAGCCGUCUGACAUGACCUUUACUACCACCGGCUCCGACUGCUUCGUCUCGCCAUCUGCAUUCGCGGCCAACCACUACGCUUGGGUCCAUAUAUUCCCCGAAGCCUGCUGCCACCAAAACCCCGAAAAUACCCUGCGAUACUUCAAAUGGGGCGUCUCCCGCCUGAUUCUCGAAAGCGACCCGGCGCCCGAGUUUGUCCCCAUGUUCAUCCACGGCACGCAAAACAUCAUGCCCGAGGACAGGGGCUUUCCUCGAUUCUUGCCACGCAUCGGACAGCGGAUACGCAUCAUGAUUGGGCAGCCAACCGACGCCGAUAGCCUGUUUGGUCACUACCGCAGUGCGUGGAAGCGGCUCGUCGAGAAGAGCGGGGACCCUGAACUGCUGAAGAACGAUCCCGAGGCAAUGCAGCUCAGGGUCGAUGUGGCCAAGGCGGUUCGCGACGAGAUUCAGAAGCUCCGGUUGAGCAUGGGAUUUGCUCCCGAGGAAGAUGAAACAGCUGCCCUUGCCGAGACGUGGUCCAAGGAGCCGAACAAGCGUAAAUUCAAGAGCCCCGUAGACGGUAGUCUGGUCAAUAGACACUGA